AUGCCUCAUCCACACAAAACCACACCGAGCACGGAUAUCUACGGUCCUGGGACUUUCAUGGAUACGGAUUUCACUCCAGUUCCCCAGGAUGCUGCUCGGAUUUUCGAAUACAUUGCCAGGAAUACUCCUGGGUUUUCUCGAGACAAAGAGCUUUGGGAUACUGUCAAGUUUGAAGGUAGCUCAUUACCGAUAAUCCCUGGUCCAAUCAAGGCCCCUCCCAUUGCAGCUGCCCUACAUGCAAUGUGUGGAGUUGUAGCCCACGAAAUGGUUGAAGAUCGUGACGGCACAUCCGCGCGUACACAGCAGGUCACUGUCAACACCGAUCAUGCUGGUAUCUGGUUAGGAACGAUCUUUGCGGCUGCCGUGGAAGGGAAAGAUGUGGCUGGACUGGCCAAGUCGCGUCAACUGUCAACACUUUAUCAACAAGAUUUCGAACGAGGCUGUAUGGCCACACCGAUGAAACAACGAUCUACCGCUAUCUACAAGACAAAGACUCCAGGCGUUUGGUAUCAACUUCACGGUUCCCUCGAUCCUAUCCCGGUCCUCAAAUCGAUGGGAAUCGAUCCUGAUUACCCUGCUAAGAGUUUGGACGAAGCUUAUGACUAUAUCGGCCGGCAUGUAGAGCAAUGGACCGCAGACGAGUUGGAAAUGCACAACCUCAAGAACGGUUUUUGCGGCAGCAUCUGCUUUACCCCCCAAGGGUGGUUAGAUACACAGAUGGGAAAGAGCCUCGCAGAUCACCCACUCGUCAACUACUCUCGACAGUCGCAUGCAAUUCCGACUCCUCCAGUCCCCUUGCCUAAUAUAUUGGACGAUAAACGGCCCUUGGCGGGUAUCAAAGUGAUUGAGCUAGUUCGCAUCAUUGCCGGACCUAUUAUUGGCUCCACUCUCGCCGCUUUCGGUGCCGAUGUCAUUCGUGUGAACUGUUGCCGUUUGACAGACCUCAACGCUUUACAGCUUACCCUGAACACAGGGAAACGCACUAUCGAUAUUGAUCUGACCAAGGACGAAGAUAAGUCACGAUUGCGGGCACUUAUUGAGGGCGCCGAUGUUUUUGUUCAAGGCUUCCGCCCCAAUUCGAUCGCGAAAAAGGGCUUCGGCGUCAACGAUCUUCUCGAGAUGGCCGGCAACCGUGGUAAGGGGAUAGUGUAUGUCGAGGAAAACUGUUACGGCCCUGACGGGCUUUACCAUGAAAGACCUGGCUGGCAGCAGAUUGGGGAUGCAGCCUCAGGAUCGUCCUACGUGAUGGGCCGGUCCUUCGGCUUCAAGGAUGGUACUAGCGUUCUUCCACCGCUUCCGAUAUCCGAUAUGACUACUGGCCUUGUGGGUGCUUUAGGGGCUCUCAUGUCCCUCCGGGAUCGGGCUCGACAUGGCGGCUCAUAUCGUGUGAUAAGCUCUCUGGUGAAGGCCGAUAUGAUUGCACUGGAGCCUGAGAUCGGUCUUUACUCACCAGAGGUUGUUGAGCAGAGCAAUCAGUUAUUCAAAUGGGGUUGCAUCAACUCUUCCCAUUUUGUGAUAGAGAUCCUUCUCGUCGUCAUGGAUGGAUGGAAGAGGGUAUUUCCCCAAUACUUUGAAUCGGGAACUGAAUCGCUCAUGACCAGUUUCCAAAAUGGGCCUUGGGGUCAUGUGGACACCCUGACGCCUGUGGUCCAGCUGAGUGAUUCGAGCAUGACACCUCGUUGGUUGACACCUCCGGUUCCCCAUUGUUAUCAUCCUCAAAGCAUACAAUGGCUAUAG